GAGCGGGGACGAGGGGUUGGAUGAAACCUGGAGUGGAGCCCCGACGCACCCCUUCGACCCCGGUACGACAUCUUCGCGUGGCGCGAGGAGACGAGGGGCGGUACCAGGGGUGGCGUACCCCUUCGAUAGGGGAAGGGACGGGAGUGGCAGCUCCGGUGGCGGCAAAGGCGGCAACGGCGGCAACGGCGGCAGCCGCAGCAGCGACGGUAGUGGCGGCUUCGGCCAGAGCUCCGGCGGCGACACCGGCGGCGGCAGGAGCAGCGACGGGAGUGGUGGCUUCGGCCAGAACUCCGACGGCAGCAUAAGACGGCAGCGGCGGCUUUGGCCAGAGCCCCGUCGGCGGCAGCGGCGACAACGGCGGCCGUGGUUGAGGCUGCAGCAGCGACAUCACCGGCAGCCGUGUUGGCGCUGGAACUCAUGUCGGUCGUGGCGGCGGGGGAACGGCAACGGCGGCGAUGGAAGCGGCGGCAGCAGAGGUGGCGCCCUCGAGUCGACCGGGAACGGGGAGGACACGGUGAAAGCGACGACCUCAACUUGUUACAGCCAAGUGGCAGAACAUGUGAAACGUUUACGGCAUUGUUCGGUAUUGUGAGCAGGCAUGGACGUUUUAGCUUCGCCAUUUGGCUUCGCAUAUUUGUUAUUUUGUUCUGUUUUCUCCUUGCUAGCGAACCGUGCACUUUGAUUCAGAAAACACGUGUAUGCCACGGCGUGUGCGUAGUUGUUUUUUCACGUAUUUUUUUUUCCCUUGGUUCUUGUCAUAUUUUCAGUCGCAUAUUAGCUCGGGGCGAAUUCUGGGAGCUGACAGCAGGGGGGCUGUUUGC